ACACGUUCUUCAGAAGUGAACAGCUCGGGUAAAUAGUUUCCAUCUGUGAUUUUGCGUGUAGUUUGUGUUUUUUUCUCGUAAGGAACGAAGGCCGGAAAUCGACAGGGGACCGUUUCGAGUGGGAUAAUAAGCCAAGAGGAACCCGAGCAUAUAACCUACGACUGUUCUCGUCCAUGUCGCACAACUUUCCAAUUCUCUUUUCUCCUUGUAUCUGAAACUUAAAUAUUUCCUUGCUGCGUUUUUAAAAAAGACGGGUGAACGAUGGCAGACCCCCUGAGCAUACUGAGGCAGUACAACGUCAACAAGAAGGAGAUCAUCGAGAGGGACAACAAUAUCAUAUUCGGCGAGUUUUCCUGGCCCAAAGCCGUCAAGACAAAUUACCUGGUUUACGGGUCUGGGAAGGAUGGAGCUGCAAAGGAGUACUAUACACUGGAGUGCUUGCUGUUUCUUCUUAAGAACGUCCAGCUUAGCCAUUCAGUUUACGUCAAGCAAGCCACUACCGAAAACAUAUCAGUUGUACGCCGUCCAGACCGUAGGGAUCUAUUGGCAUAUCUCAAUGGAGAGACCGUUACUUCUGUCAACAUUGACAAGAGUGCUCCUCUUGAGAUACCGACACAGGUCAAACGAAUGGCCGAAGACAAUGCGGAAAACCUUGCCAAGAAGCCUCGCCUUGAAGAAAACCAGGUGCAAAGGGGCAAACAGCAGCUUGCCGCGCGUCUUGAUGCGCCGAAAGAAACUUCCGUCACGGUCAACAACAUUAAAUCUCUUUCUGAUGCUAUGUCAGUUGAAAAAAUUGCUGAACUCAAGGCUAAACGUCUAGCAACGAAACGUAUAACCAUUAAAAGCCAGGAUGACAUUCAACUCGGCUCAGACUUACGAGUCAUGUUGGAUUUUGAUGUCGGCUUCACUAAGGACAUUAUCUCAAGGGAGCGCCAGUGGAGGACAAGAACAACCAUUCUUCAGAGCACGGGAAAGCUGUUUGCAAAAAAUGUUUUUGCAGUACUGCAAACCGUCAAGGCUAGAGAAGACGGACGUCACAGGCCACCGCAGCCAACCCCUGUUGUUACACCUAGGACCAAUCCGAUUAAAACUGUGCCUCAACCAGCUGUAUAUAACCGGUACGAUCAAGAACGUUUCAUCCGUCAAAGAGAAGAGACUGAGGGAUUUAAAAUUGAUACUAUGGGUACAUAUCACGGCAUGACUCUUAAAUCAGUGACCGAAGGCAAUCAGCCGAAAAAGACACCAGCCAUGCCAGCGCUCCAGCAUAACCAGCAGCAGCAGCAACAGCCUCAACAGACUCCUCAAACUACUCCUAGUCCUCUUGUUUCUACUGCACAGGCAAGACUGAACGCUUCUGUACAACAGACUAAGCGUGUCUCUAGAACACCCAUUAUAGUUAUUCCUUCGGCAAAUACCUCUUUAAUUACUAUGUAUAACGCUAAAGAAAUUCUUCAGGAUUUAAAAUAUGUAAGUACUGAAGAGAAAAGAAAACUCGGUGAAAAAAGAGCCAAUGAAGUGUUACUUCAAAGGAGAAAGGACGGAAAUCUCACAGUUCCAUACAGGGUCAUCGACAAUCCUGGGAAAUUGAGUCAGACCGAUUGGGACAGAGUGGUCGCGGUUUUUGUUAUGGGGCCCGCCUGGCAAUUUAAGGGCUGGCCGUGGGGCGGAAACCCAGUGGAGAUAUUUUCAAAAAUUUGCGCCUUUCAUUUGAAAUAUGAUGAAAUGAAAUUGGACAACAACGUAGGACGAUGGGCAGUUUGUGUGCUUCAGCUUUCAAGAACAAAACGGCAUUUGGAUAGAGCUGCGCUUAUGGUCUUCUGGGAAAAAUUAGACAAGCAUAUGAUAAAAUACAAACCACAUCUACGCUUCUAGGAAAUUCAAAUUGAACUGAUGCUCAAACUCUAGAUCUUCAAAUUAGGGGGAAAAAAUUCAAUUAGUUGAACUUUCCAAAUCUUAUAAUCACGUCUUCAUAGAUAGACAAUAAGUGAUCAAAUAGUAUGAUUUUGGAUUUUCCAAGUCUCAUUUUAAAUUUUAUACUUUCAAGAUGUUGUAUAUAAUUGUAAAUACAAAAGGCAUAUAUCUUGAACACCUUCAUUGAUAGAAAACAAAAAACGCUUUUAAAUAUAUCACCCCUUUGACUUAAAUUUGAAGAUAAAUACAUAUUUAUUAUGUGAACAACUUGUACAUAUUCUCUGAUGUAAAUACGAUGACAUUAACCGAAAGAAAAAAAACAAACAUAGUCUGUGUCAUUCAAUUGUUUUGGUGAACAUUGAUAACGUUUUUAAUCCAUUUUCAGUAUUUUUAAUUUCUACUAAAGUAGAAAGCCAUUUUAAUUUGAUGAACUUAUUUUUAAAUAUGAAUAUAUAUGAAUGUAUAUUACAGUUGACAAAAGUUCUCUUUCGAUGUACACUUGUUAGGAAAAAAAAAUCAAUACAAUUUUUA